AUGGCCGCGGGCGUGGAGCAGCGGCUGGGCGGCCUCCCCGUCUUCACCCGCGACGACUUCGAGGGCACCUGGCGCCCAGUGGCGAGCGGCGGCUUCAGCCAGGUGUUCCAGGCGCGGCACAAGCGCUGGCGGACCGAGUACGCCAUCAAGUGCUCCCGCUGCCUCCAGCCUGACACCAUCAGCUCUGACGUGAAUUGCCUCAUUGAAGAAGCAACCAAGAUGGAGAAGAUCAAGUUUCAGUACAUCGUGUCCAUCUACGGGGUAUGCGAGCAGCCCCUGGGUGUUGUGAUGGAGUUCAUGGCCAAUGGCUCCCUGGAGAAGAUGCUGCCCACUCACAGCCUCUGCUGGCAGCUCAAGUUCCGCAUCAUCCAUGAGACCGGCUUGGCCAUGAACUUCCUCCACAGCAUGAACCCACCACUUCUCCACCUGGACCUCAAGCCAGGCAACAUCCUCCUGGACAGCCACAUGCAUGUCAAGGUGUCAGACUUCGGCCUGUCCAAGUGGAUGGAACAGUCGGCCCGGAUGCAGUACAUCAAGAGGUCAGCUCUGCAGGGCACCCUCAGCUACAUCCCCCCUGAGAUGUUCCUGGAGAGCAACAAGGGUCCAGGUCCCAAAUACGAUGUGUACAGCUUCGGGAUUGUCAUCUGGGAGAUCCUCACUCAGAAGAAACCGUAUUCAGGCUUCAACAUGAUGACCAUUAUGGUGCGAGUGGCCGCAGGCCUGCGGCCCUCCCUGCAGCCUGUCUCUGAUGAGUGGCCGGCGGAGGCCCAGCAUAUGGUGGACCUGAUGAGGCGCUGUUGGGACCAGGACCCCAAGAAGAGGCCCUGCUUUCCAGACAUCACAGUGGAGACAGACACGCUGCUGUCCCUGCUCCAGAGUCCUGUGGCUGACCCAGAGAGCGAGGCCCUGGCCAGGAAGGUGUCCUGCACAGCGUGUCUGCGCCGGCCCCGGGAGGUCAGUGAGGAGAUCAGCCAGGAGCUAACAGACAGCGACUCAGGAGACUACUUGAAGCGGGUCCUGACUCUCUCAGACGGCGAGAGCCUGGUCCUGCGUGAUGAGCAGCUGCGCAUCCGUGAGAACAAGGUCACUGCCCUCCACUUCCUGGUGGCCCAGGGCCGCCUGGAGCGGGUGAGGCUUCUGCUGGCCCAGGAGGUUGACGUGGACUGCCAGACGGCCUGCGGCUACACUCCCCUCCUCGUCGCCACCCAGGACCAGCACCCCGACCUCUGUGCCCUGCUCCUGAAGCACGGUGCCGACGCCAACCUGGUGGACGAGGACGGCUGGGCCCCGCUGCACUUUGCAGCCCAGAAUGGGGACGACCGCACUGCCCGCCUCCUCCUGGACCACGGGGCCCGUGUGGAUGCCCAGGAGCACGGGGGGUGGACCCCGCUCCACCUGGCUGUACAGAACAACUUUGAGAAUGUGGCACGGCUUCUGGUCUCCCGUCAGGCUGACCCCAACCUGCAGGAGGCUGAGGGCAAGACCCCUCUCCACGUGGCCGCCUACUUUGGCCAUGUCAGCCUGGUCAAGCUACUAACAGGCCAGGGGGCCAAGCUGGAUGCUCGGCAGAGAAACCUGAGGACACCGCUGCACCUGGCAGUGGAGCGAGGCAAAGUGAGGGCCAUCCAACACCUAUUAAAGAGUGGGGCGGCCGCUGAUGCCCUUGACCAGAGAGGCUACAGCCCACUGCACAUCGCCACUGCCAGGGGCAAGCACCUUGUUGGCAAGAUGCUGCUCAGGUACGGCGCCAGCCUCGAGCUGCCGACCCACCAGGGCUGGACGCCCCUGCAUCUAGCAGCCUACAAGGGCCACCUGGAGAUCAUCCACCUGCUGGCUGAGAGCCACGCAGACGUGGGGGCUCCCGGAGGCAUGAACUGGACCCCCCUGCACCUGGCCGCCCGUCAUGGGGCAGAGGUGGUGGUGUCCGCACUGCUGCAGUGUGGGGCUGACCCCAAUGCUCCCGAGCAGUCAGGCUGGACGCCCCUCCACCUGGCGGUCCAGAGGGGGGCCUUCCUGAGCGUCAUCAACCUCCUGGAGCACCAUGCAGACGUCCACGCCCGCAACAAGGUGGGCUGGACGCCUGCCCACCUGGCCGCCCUCAAGGGCAACAUGGCCAUCCUCAGGGUGCUGGUCAAGGCCGGUGCCCAGCUGGACACCCAGGACGGGGUAGGCUGCACACCCCUGCAGCUGGCCCUCUGGAGCUAA